UACCGCGUUUGCGACCUCAUUACAUUAAACCAAGACUUUGCACAUCUUUGCAAAGUUCUUGACUUCAACCAUUCUAGGUUUUGCAGCCCAAAACGGACUCUCGCUUUGUGGGCAGAGUUUGUUAGGCUUGCCAAAAACGGCAACUUCGGGCUUGUUAUCCUGUGCAAGGCCUGCUGCGGCGCAGCGGCCUCGACUUGAGGCCCAGAGCGGAAAUGCUCGCUUCCUCGCUGUCCCGGCUCCUGGACUCCGCGGGGUCCGUCCUGGGCGGCGCUUUGAGGGAGGGUCUACGCGGUGUGCAGCGAGUGGUGGUCGUGCUGCAGCCCGGCCCGCUUGGCGGCAGGCUGGAGCGGUGGGAGGCGGCGAGGCAGGAGACGGCAGAGCGGCAGGUGCAGGCGGCGGUGGAGCGCUUUCAGGCGCUGCAGCGCUCUCAGCCCAGCAGCAGCAGUCACUAAGCGCGGCGGUGGCGGCCGGCGUGAGCUCCGGCCUCGCCGCCGCCGGCACUGCGCAGGCAGUAGCAGCCGGCGGUGGCGGUGAGGGCUCCGGCCUGCAAGGCCCCGCCGCGACCGCAGCGGUGUCAGCACCAGUGGCGGCGGCAGCCGCGGCGGCGGCCGCGGCUGCAGCGGUGGUGGCAUUGGAUCGCUGUGGAGGUGGUGGACGAGGUGGUGGACGCCGCAACCGCAGGCGAGCUGGAGGCGGCGGAGGCGGCGGCGGCCGACCUGACGAAUCGGAGGAGGCCGCAAUGAUGGUGCUGUACCUCGCGGGGUUCUGCUUGGUGAUGUUCAUGGUGGUGGGCUUGCCGAUGAUGUGCCUGUCCUGCCUGUUCUACUGUGGCGCAGCGGUUGCCGGCUUGCUGUUUGCAACCACCGCCGUACUGGAGGGGAUGUCGUACAUGCUGUACGGCACGGUGUGUGCGGGCGCGGCCUCGAGCGCCAUGGUGAUGGCGGUGACGCAGGGCUGGGACAAAGCGGCGGCGGAGUGGCUGGUGCGACUGUGGGGCGGCGGAGGCGGAGGAGGCGGCGGAGGCGGGGCGGGAGCAGGUAUGGGAGCAGGAGUGGGUGCAGGAGUGGGUGCAGCGGGAGUGGGAGCAGGAGUGGGUGCGGUGGAGGAUGCGCUGGGUGCAGCGUCUUCAGCUGGUCGCAGCGGCAGCGGUGGCGGCGCCGCUGAGGAUGUUAUGUACGGCUUCGUGCGGGCGGCGGUGAUGUUGGCGGGCGGGCUGUUGGCGGCGGUCGUGACUGACGUGAGCUUUGCGGCCAUGGCGGGGGUCAGGCGGCGGAGCCGUGCAAGCGCGCAGCAAAUGGGGGUGGAAGCAGGGCCGCCGGCGGCAGCAUAGCGCCGCGCGGCAUUGGCAUCAAAGGCUAAUGUCUGAUUGCAAGCUGUAUGAUGUCAAGGAUUGCGAAUGAAUGAACCAUGGACUGUGAUAUUGCUGCUGUGGUGCUUCAAGUCAUGUCCUCAUCGAUGGUGUGCCCUGAUGCGCGUAGCGUACACGAGCACUUGUUUGUCGAGGAGGACUAGUGAAACACGAAGUGGCAGGUGGCUGCACGCGCAGAGAAGAGGCAUGACAUGCGCGCUGUGCGUGCACAUGUUACGGCAGAAGCGUGCACAUGCAUGUGAUGUCGCCAGCUGCGUCAGUGCCGUGAGUGGCCUGCCUGAAUGCAGCUGUGUAUGCAUCGAAUCCAUUCAUCAAUGAAAGCGGCACAUGUUCGAGCUGUGUGGAUGAUGGUCCCAAAACUCA